AUGCUCUUGACUGCAGGCCAUGUCGUUCGACAUGAUGGCAAAAAAGACCACAUCGACCGUGCCUAUCGAAUCGAAGCGCGCAUCGGCUAUCAUCUUCAAGAAUGGUCGGAGGGGCAAAACGUUGAAGUUUGUGAGGGUAUCGGAGUUGUAAUACUCCAUGCAUGGGAGACGAGCGGAUGGGAAUGGCUUCACGACUUGGCUUUGAUCAAGCUCAAAAGCCCAUUUGUAGAUCUCGUCCCGGCCUUCUACAGUGCACCACCACCAGGGAAGUUUGAGGUAUCCGUUUUUGGUUUCCCUUCUGAGAAGCAAGAGAAAGUGGGCGACAGUUGUCCAGCCGGAAAGUGUAGCUGUAUGCACAGAGUACAGGGUUCUGCUACAAUCAAUGAGAGCACCGAGAUAUUGGAGUACAAAAUCUCGACUGCUACUGGUAGUUCCGGAGGCCCACUCGUUCCGACCAAUGAUCCGGAUAGGAUCGUCGCUACUCACAGCAACGGCAUCGAAGAUACCCAGACCAACUACGGUGUACCGGUCAAUAUUGAGUUCAUCAACGCGGGUAUGAAAAUCCUUAGGGAGAAUUCUCUAGCACGCGAGCCACGUACUUUCCCCAUGCCAAGUACCGCGGACAUUGGGGGAACGAGCGAGAAAGUGAGGCGUCUCAAAAGAAGCACGAUGGCGAUGGCAGUGGAUACCAAACGUGAGAAAGACUGCAUAGUACUACAGAUGGGGAAGAAGCCCGGCAAGUUGCUCCUUCUGAUAUAUGGUAUAUAUCGUGUCCUCCUUAUUGGAUGA